CUCCCAAAAAAAGCCAAAAAAUGUUCAAAUUUGUCAUUGUCUUUGCUGCCUGUUUGGCAUACGCCAGUGCUGGUGUUGUGGCUCCCACUGCCUUCGCUGCUGCUCCAGCUGUCGGUUAUGCCAAUGCUCCUUUGUAUGCUGCCGGUGGUAGUAGCCAAAUCGAUGUACGUCACAACUACGAUGAUACCUUGUCUUCCUACACCACUACCCCCUUCGCUUAUUCCGGUCCUUACUCUAGCCGUUAUGUAGCUGGUCCAGCUGCUUAUGCUGCCCCCACAGCCUUUGCUGCUCCCGCUAAGGUUGUUGCUCCAGCUGCCUAUGCUGCCCCUGCCGCCUUCGCUGCCCCAGCUAAAUAUGUUACACCCGCUGGCGUUGUAGCUCCUUACGCUACUCCUUAUGGCGCUCAAUUCGCCGCUCCCUAUGCCACCUACCCAGCUGGUGUUGCCGCCACUUAUACUGCCCCAGCUGUUGCCGGUCAUGCCCAUGUUGUAGCUUAA